AUGCUGAUCACAAACAACUUUGAGGCGCACGCCACGCGCCUGCUGCGCGCGGAGAAUUUGCAGCAGCGGCAGCAGCUCGUCAUGGAGAUGCGCGACUCGAUCGAGAUUGUGCACACGGCCGAGUAUGGCAACUUCCUGCGCCACCUGUUCCCCGCCUUCUACCAGCUUCUGUCCGAGGGCACGCCGCAGUUCUCAGAGGGCCCGGAGCAGAAGGUGCGCAACAUGCUGCUCGAGGUGCUCAACCGGCUCCCAAACAACGAGACGCUGCGGCCGCACGUGCCGAUGAUGCUCUCGCUCUGCAUGAAGCUGCUCGAGACAGACAACGAGGAGAACGCAGUCAUCUGCCUCCGCAUAAUCUUCGACCUCCACAAGAACUUUCGCCCGACGCUCGAGCGCGAGGUGCAGCCCUUCCUCAAGUUUGUCGAGCGCAUUUACAGAGGCCUGCCCAACACCGUGGCCCUCCUCUUCUCCGACAAGGAGAGCGCGGCCUCCGCCGGCCCCGGCAUCCCGCGGACGGAGCAGCAGCACGCAGCCGAGCAGGCGCAGGCGCGCGUCCAGCAGGCGCAGGCGCGGCACCAACAGCUGGCCAACUCGGCGGCGGCGCAGGCGCGGGAGCAGGCGCGCGCGGCCGCGGCGGCGGCGGCCGCCGCGUCGUCGCAGCAGGCGAUGGUGAGCGGUGUGCUGAGUCGCCAGGAGUCGGCAGUGUCUGUGGGCAGUAGCGCUGCGGCGGCCGCCGCGGUCGCGCCCGUGUCUGCGUGCGUCGCGCGGCGGCCCGACUCGGCGGCGAGCGCGCUGGCGGGCGGCGACGCCACCGCGACGCCGCUCGCCGUGUCGGCGACGGCCGCUGCAGAGGGGUCGGCGCCGGCGGCGGCGGCGGCGAGCGUCGUCGCGGCGUCGCCGCGCCCGCCGUCAGGUGUGCUGAUCCGGUCGACGGAGUCGUUCAAGGUGCUCACCGAGUGCCCGCUGAUUGUGAUGCUGCUCUUCCAGCUCUACCCGCGCUACAUACAGACCACCAUCCCGGCUCUCAUCCCGCUGAUGGUCCAGGCUCUCGCGCUUCGCACGCCGCAGCGCGCGCUGCUCAAGCACCGGACGGCGGCGACGGACUUCAUGGCGGCGCAAGUCAAGACGCUCUCCUUCCUCACCUACUUGCUGCGCGCGUUUGCCGACUUUAUGCGCUCUUACCAGGAGUCUAUCCCAAAGUGCGCUGCGGCGAUCCGCAAGGACAUCCUGGUCGCCACGAGGCACAUCCUCGCCACGGACUUCCGCGUCGGCUUCUUCUCGCAGGUGGACGUGCUGCUUGACGAGAACGUGCUGGCGCUGCGGCCGCUCGCCUGCAGCACGCUCGCCGACCUGGUCCACCACGUGCGCGGCGAGCUCGGCAUCAAGCACCUCUCGCGCGUCGUUCACUUGUUUUCGUGCCACAUCCACGACGCCUCGCUGCCGCUGGCGAUCCAGAUCACGUCGGCAAUCUUCCACAAGAACGACGUCGAGGCGCGCGCGCUGCUCGUGCGCAUCCUGCACACGCUCGUCUUCAAGUUUACCACGCUCAAGGAGCAGAUCCCCAAGCUUCUCGUGGCGCGCGACGAGGCGGCCGCCGCCAAGGAGGCCGACAAGACAGCGCGCUCGCAGCAGGUGACGCGGGAGGGCGCGCGGAAGGCAGCGAUGGCGGCGGCGGCCGCCGCCGCCAGCCGCGCGGCCCCAAGGCAGGCUGAGGGCGGCACCGUGGCGGAGGGCGCGAAGCAAACUGCCGCGACGCCGCCCGCCGCGACGGCUGAGGGCGAGGAGGGCAAGCGGCCCGCCAAGCCGCCGUUGGAGGGCGAGGCGGCGCGGCGGGCGGCGCUCGUGGCGGUGACCAAGUCGGACCCGUUCGCGUCUGAUUCGACGAAGAGCGCCGCCGACUCGACGCGUGAGUGCAAGCAGCUGCUCAAGACGAUGAUCCUCGGCGUCAAGACGGUGGUCUGGUCCGUCUCCAACUCGCGCAUGCAGCCGCACCCGCUCGCCGGCGUGCAGGCCAUGAAGGGGAUGAGCGAGGAGGAGUGCCUCCUCGUCGCGCGGCUGGUCAAGAGCGGGCUGCCCUGCUUCGUCAUCUACGGGACGGGGCCCGACGCGAGCCCGCAGGAAGAGAAGGAGGUGCUCGACUACUUUGCGGGCGUCUUCACGGUCCUCGACCUGCGCAACUUCAAGCAAGUCUUCGAGCUGCAGAUGCCCACGCUGUACGAGCGCGUGCGCGCAAACAGCAGCAUGCUCACCAUCCUGCAGCACUUCCUCGCAAACUCGAACGUCUCGCGCCCCUUCGCCGAGAUCCUCCUCUCCUUGCUCGUGGGCAAGCUGCCCGAGCUCUCCGCCGCCCCCGAGGCCGAGGCCGCCACGCUGCUCCGCCUCUUCAAGCUCGUCUUUGGCUCGAUCACCCUCUUCCCCGAGAACGAGCCCGUGCUGAGGCACUCCUUAGCCGAGAUAUGGGGAGAUAUGGGGAGAUAUGGGGAGAACGAGCCCGUGCUGAGGCACUCCUUAGCCGAGAUAUGGGGAGAUAUGGGGAGAUAUGGGGAGAACGAGCCAGUGCUGAGGCCGCAUCUCGCCACCAUCGUCACCUCGGCGCUGCGCUACGCGUCAGCCUCGCCUACGCCGGCGCACUACUACUCGCUGCUCCGCGCCCUCUUCAAGUCGAUCGGCGGCGGCAAGUUCGAGUCGUUGUACAAGGAGUUCCUGCCCCUGCUGCCGUCGCUGCUGCCUGGCCUCAUCCACGCGCACGCGCGCGCGCGCACGCGCGCGCUGCGCGAGGUCGACCACCUCCACCCCGACUUCCUGCAGCCGCGGAUGGGGCCGCACAUGCGCCACCUCAUGGCGGCGCUCACGCGGCAGCUGCGGCCGCAGCCCUACCCUUACGGCCCCACGGCGCUCCGCGUGCUCGGCAAGCUCGGAGGGCGCAACCGCACGGAGCUGCACACGCGGCCGCCCUUCGAGGCCGCGCACAGCCGCGCGAAGCGUGCGCAGCGGCGCCCAGAGGGCGGUCUCUCAGCGGCGCCCCGCCUGCCCGCGGCGGGCGGCGCCGUCGCGCCCACGGCGUCCGAGCCGCCCGCGCACCGCGGUCCGGUCCGGCUCCCCCUCGACCCGGCAGUAGCGAGGGCGCUCUCGCUGCUGCGGCACGGGCCGCCGCCCAACGCGCGUGCGAACGCGCCAUACCACGCCUUCUCCCUCCUCCGCGCCGUCGUCUCGCGCCUGAUUGCGCCCGCCGCCACGCCGCUGCCGCCGCCGCCGCCCGCACCCGCGCCCGCGCCUUCGCCCGCCGCUUCCGCACCUUCCGCGGCUGCGCCUUCCUCCGCCGCGGCCGCGCCUUCCGCCGCCGCCUCCGCCGCCGCCUCGCCCGCCGCUCCGGCGCCCAUGGACGUGGACGAGGCAGAGGGCGGCGCGGGGGGCCGGUGCGAGUGGAGCGUGUACCUCGAGCCGCCGGUGGGUAGCGGGGACUCGGCGGAGGCGUGCGCGGCGCGGGACGAGUCGUUCCUGCGCGAGGUUGCCGAGGGGCUCUACGCGGCGGCGGCGCGGCCGGAGGUUUCCGACGAGGCGACGCACCUUCUGCGCGGCCUCACGCGCCACACCGCCCUCCUCCUCCUCAACGCGCCGGCGCCGCUCCACCCGGUCGCCGCCGGCCCGCCGCCGCCGCCGCCCCCCGCGGGCACAUCGCUCGGCGCCACGGCCGCUGCGUCGCCGACGCCUUCCCCAACGGCGGCGAGGCCGCGCGUGCUCGUCGACGCGCUCGUGGCGACGCUGCGCAGCGGGCCGGGGAAUGUGGUGGCGGUCGCGUCCCAGAUGCUGACCGCGCUGCUCUCUGACCUCGACGCGCUCGCCGCGUCCCCCGCGGACUCCGCGCUGGUGCACGCCUACCUCCUCCGCGAGCUGGCGCACGCCGCGUACGACGCGGACGCGCACGAGGCGCCGUGCGGGGUGCUCGAGAUGGCGCAGCUCAUCCGCAGGCGCGAGAUGUGGGGAGAGAUGGCGGAGAUGCGCGAGCCGCGCUGGGUGCUGCAGCACGAGCUUGCGGUGGCGACGGCGCUCCUCUCUCUCUGCCUCGACGGCUCCGGGGAUGUGCACCCCGACAACCUCGACGCCGCCAGGGAGCUGAUGCUCGAGCUUGUGCGAAAGUGCCACGGGCCAAGCGCAGGCGACGGCGGAGGCGACGGCGGAGGCGACGGCGGAGGCGACGGCGGAGGCGACGGCGGAGGCGACGGCGGCGGAGGUGACGGCGGAGGCGACGGCGGUGUGGACGGCAGCGCGGGCGGCGCGGCGGGCGGCGUGGGUAAGGAGGAGGCCGACGCCGCCGCCGCCGCGCUGGCGCACCGGUUCGCCCUCGAGCUGGGCAACGCGAACGCGGGCGUGCGGGACGCGUCGCGUGCUGGCUUGCGCGAGCUCAGCCAGCUGCUCGGCCGCUCGGUUUGCUCUCUGCUGAUGGAGCACCGCGAGGCGGCGGUGCUGCCGCUGCUGACGGGCUCGCUGCGGCUGCUGCCGCUGGUGACGCAGGCGGCCGCAGCACCGGGGGGCGGGUCGCUCGCCAACGAGCCGGCGUCGCUGCGCGGUCGCAUGCUCGGGCGGCACGUGCGCGGCGUGCCGUUGCCGGUGCGGCAGCGCGUGGUUGCCAUCGAGCUGCUCGCCGCCGCGCUGUCGUACGACGCGCUUAAGGGGCCGCCCCACUUGGCGCUGCGGCACCGCAUGAUCGGCUGCUUCUUCAAGUCGCUGACGGUGCGGCACGAGGAGGUGGUGGCCGUGGCGCGCGACGCGCUCGCCGCGGUCAUCUCGCAGUCCAAGCUGCAAAAGGAGCUGCUGCAGUCCAGCCUGCGCCCGAUCUUGCUCAACCUGGCCGACUACCGCAAGCUGUCGGUGCCGCUGCUGCAGGGCCUCUCGCGCCUGCUCUCGCUGCUCUCCAACUUCUUCAACCUCACCCUCGGCGAGAAGCUCCUCGAGCACCUCCGUCGCUGGACGGACCCCGAGGCGCUGGCGAAGGCAAAGACGUUCCGCCCCGGCGACGACGUCAAGAUCCCCUGCGCGAUCCUCUCUCUCUUCCACCUCCUGCCCCCCGCGCCCGACAAGUUCCUGACCGAGCUUGUGUCGGUCUCCCUCUCCCUCGAGGCGGUGCUACCUGGCUCGACAGCCCUCGGCCGCCACUGGUCGCCACACCGGGAGGCGCUGGUGCCGUACCUCAAUCGUCACGCAAAGGAGACGGUGUCCCACCUGCUCGACCGGAUCACGCUGCCUGCGGACGCGGCGACCAAGGAGAGGCGCGAGGACGUUGCAAAGGCGUUCCGCUACCUCCUCUCGCUCGUCCGGUACAAGCACGCCGCCGAGGUGCGCGACGAGCUUGCGCGCCAGUGGCAGCCGCUGCUCCAGCGCACGCUCGAGGCGGCGCGCAGCACGACCGAGCGACAGGUCGCCGCGCAGCUGCGGUACCAGGGGGUGGCUCUGGUCCACGGGCUCUGCAAGCUCAAGCCCGACUGGCUGCCGUCUUGCCCGGACGUGCUGCAGGCUCUCGUCCAGAUCUGGAGCUCGCAGGAGCGGCUCGCGGCGGAGGAGCAGGCGGCCAUGCCGCUUGAGCAAGUGCGCGAGUUUAAGGUGAUCGCAAAGUGCUUCGUCUCGUGCCUGCGCCACCAGGCAAAGGCGCUCGGCGACGAGAUUGGCGACGGGCACAUCGAGCUGCUCUUCCUCAUGCUGUCCAUCUUCUCGCACCACACGCUCGUGGCGUACGACUUUCUCAAGCUCUUCUACCUGGAGGAGGUCGCGACAGGCUACUCGGUCGCGCAGCGCGUCGCCUGCCUCCGCUACUUCCUCCGCUUCUUCCAGUCGUCGCGCACGGCGCGCGAGGACCGCGUCCAGGCGCUGCAGCUGAUUGCGCUGCCGAUGCUCUGCGCGUCGUUCGCAAAGGGCGAGGGCGAGGCGGUCCUGUCCAAGGAGGUGAUCGCGACCAUCGUGCACCGGCUGCUCGGCGGCGACAUGCUCGCAUCCUACGACGAGGCGCUGCGCAUCGAGCUGCUGCGGCUGGCGACGCUGCUGAUCGAGCACGUCCCGGAGCAGCUGGUCGACCACCGCAAGGAGCUCAUCAAGUUCUCGUGGAACCACCUCAAGAGCGAGGACACGCAGUCGAAGCAGUGCGCCUACGUCAACGUCUGCCGGUUCAUCCAGGUCUACGACACGCCGCCAAAGAUCAUCCUGCAGGUGUACGUCGCGCUGCUGCGCACGUUCCAGCCGGACGCGCGCGCGCUGGUCAAGCGCGCCCUCGACAUCCUCACGCCGGCGCUGCCGUCGCGGCUGCCGGCGGGCGACCACAAGUACCCGACGUGGAUCAAGUGGACCAAGAAGAUCGUGGUUGAGGAGGGGCAUUCGCUGCCGCAGCUCAUCCACAUCUGGCAGCUCGUCGUGCGCCACCCCGCCCUCUUCUACUCCUCCUCCGCCCAGUUCGUGCCGCAGAUGGUCAACUCGCUCAACCGGAUCGGCCUCUCGCCAAACUGCUCCACCGACAACCGCAGGCUCGCCAUCGACCUCGCGCAGCUCAUCAUCUCGUGGGAGAUGCAGCGCAUCGAGGCCGCCAGCCUGCCAACAACGCGGCCCGCAUCCACCGGCCCCGCCACGCCCACCGCGGGCGCAAAGCGGCCGGCAGAGUCGCCCGCGGCGGCCGGCGCCGCCGGCGGCGCGCCCGCGAAGCUGCAAAAGACGGACGGGGCGCAGGCGGCGCCGGGCGGGGCUCCGUCGGCAGGGGCGCCGCCCGGCACGGAGUCCGCAGCAGCAAAGGUGGAGCCGCCGCCGUCGGCGCCGCCCUCGCCGCCCGCCGGCAGGCCCGACGCACCGAUGGAGGUUGAGGGCGCGGUCUCCGCCACCGCAGCGGCAGCGGCGCGCGGCGCGGCCAGGCAGGUGACGCCAGCCGCAGCCGCAGCCGCCGCUGUCGCCGCCUCGCCAGCAGUGGCAGCGGCGGCGGCGGCGGCGGCGGCCGCCGCUGCCGCCGUCGCCGGCAGCGCCGCCGCCGCAGCGAUCGCGCCCGCCACCGCCCGUUCGCCCGCCGCCCGCUCGCCCGCCGCCGCCGCCACGGCGCUCGCCUCGCCCGCCGCCGCCUCGGCCGCCGCCGUCGCGCCCGCCUCCGCACCCGCCUCCGCGCCCGCCUCCGCGCCCGCCUCCGCGCCCGCCUCCGCGCCCGCCGCCGUCGCGCCCGCCUCCGCGCCGGCGGAGGAGGAGUUUCGGCCCUCUGCGGCCAUCGUUGAGGUGCUGGUCAACUUUCUGAUCCGCGUGGCGUUGAUGGCGGCCGAGGGGCGCGACGGGCCGGAGCUGUCGGAGCGCUGCGUCUCCCUCCUCGCGUCGGGGCUCUCCCUCUGGCCUGAGGUUGCAAUCAAGUACGCCUUCCUCGACAAGCAGUUCCAGGAGGCCUCGCGCUCCUCGGCCAACGCCGCCGCCGCCAAGGACGGCGCGGCUUCGGCCGGCGGCGCGGACGGCUCAAACCUGCUGCUGACGGGGCUGGCGGUGCUGCACGCGAUCAUCAAGCGGCAGCCGGCCUUCCUGGUGCGCCACCUCAAGUCGCUGCACGCGCUGCUCGCGCCGGCGCUCGAGCACCACCUCGAGAGCCAAAAGAUGGUGUCCGCCCUCGAGGCCUUCCUCAAGGACGCGCUCCAAAACCUCGGCCGCGUCGCGCGGCAGGCGCCGCAGACGCAGGGCGACGUCGCUAGCUUCAUGCACUGGCUCGCAGAGGCGUGUGCGCUCGGCCUGGGUACCAAGGACCCUGCCGCCGCCGCCGCCGCCGCCGCCGCCGCCGCCGCCGCCGCCGCCGCGCAGGCGGGCCAGGGCGGCGCCGCGCCGCCGCCCGCGCCGGCGCGCGACUUUUCGGUGGUGCGCGCGCACUCGUCGCUCCGGCUGCUCCUGGUGGUUGGUGGGUUCGCUCCGGAUCUGCUCUCGAAGCAGCACGUCGCAAUCACCAAGCUCCUCGCCCGGCUCGCCAAGGACCACCUCUCGCGCAAGCCCGAGCCGCCCGCCGCCGCCGCCGCCGCCGCCGCCGCCGCCGCCGCCGCCUCGCCCGGCGCGUCCGGCGCGGCCUCUUCGCCGACAGCAGAGGAGCUGCUGCUGCCCUCGCUGCGCCUCACGAUCCGGCUCGGCUCGGCGCGGCUGCCCGACAGCGGCGACGCGCGCAAGACCUUCCUGCUCGCGCUCGAGCGGCUGGCCGAGCGCGCGCACGACGUUGAGCUGCUGAUGCUCGUCGUCAAAACGGCGGGCAGCUGGAUCGUCGCGCCGCCGGGGGCGCCGCCAAACCUGCAGCCAAAGGAGCGCGCCUCGCUGCUGCUCAAGCUGGGCUGCGUCGAGGCGACGUCCGCGCCGCGGCUGCACGCGGCCUACCUCGCCGUCGCCGCGCGCGUGCUCGCCGACGAGUCGCUUCCGGGGCGCGAGAUGCUGCUGCCAAACCCUCCGCGCGGCACCCCCUCCACCGCCGCCACCAGCGGCCCCCUCCGGCUCGAAGCGGGGCUGCUGCUCGGCCUCCGCUCGCGCGACGCAGCGACGCGGCGCGCUUUCUCGGCGCACCUCUCCCGCGCCGUCGGCGGCUCCGUCGCUCACCGCAUCGCGCACGUCAUCUCCUCGAACGAGAAUGACUCGGGGCCGGCGGCCGUCGCCGCCGCGAGCGGCGCGUUCUGGCUGCGGCAGGGCGUGCAGGUGCUGCUCGCCGCCACGGACCCCGACCAGCCGGCGGCGGUGUGCGGCGCGGCGCUGCCGCUGCCGGUCGCCGAGCUCACCCCCGGCGGCGCGGCGGGCGGCGCGGCGGGCGGCGCGGCGGGCGGCGCGGCGGCGGGGCGGGGCGAGGUGCGCGUCGUGAGCGGGCAGGCCGCAGGUCUGAUGCGCGACGCGGCCGCCUUCCUCACCGCGUGCGCGCGGCGGCUGAGCGUGGGCGAGCUGCUCGCGCCGCUGUGCGAGCUGCUGCACGACCCUUCCGCGGCGCGGCUCGCUUGCGAGGCGUGGGUCGCCCUCUUCCCGCAGCUGUGGCGCACGCUCACCGCGUCCGAGCAGCUGGCGCACUACAAGCCGCUCCUCUCGACGCUGCAGCGGCCCGCGCACAACAAGACGGCCGGCCACUCGCCCAACGUCGUCCAGGCGUGGCUCGCGGCGCUCUGCGCCUGCUCGCCCGCGCCGCGGCUGCCGGCGGCCACGUUGCGCUCGCUCGCCGCGCGGCACAACGCGUGGCACCUCGCGAUGCCGCUGCUGCAGCAGUCGCUCGCUCUCGCGCCCACGGAGCCGGCGUGGUACGACGCGCUCGCCUCCCUGCACAGCGCGCUGGGCGACCGGGACGGGCACGCCGCCGCGGCGCAGGACGCGUACGCAGAGUGCAUGAGCCGGUGGCAGGCGGGCGAGAUGACGCUCGUCAACACGCCGCAGCCCGAGCUCGCGCUGUGGGAGGAGGGCAUCGUCCGCUCCGCAAAGGCGCUCAACCAGUGGGAGCUCCUCUCGGAGUACGCAAAGGCGUGGCCGGGGUCGCAGCCGGCGCUGCUGAUGGAGUGCGCGUGGAAGUCGGCGGACUGGGAGCGGCUGCGCGACCUCUUCCGCCGGUGCGACAUGCGCUCGCAGGCGGCGCUCAAGAUGCUGCAGACGUACGCGGCCAUCCACGACGGCAAGCUCGCCGAGGCGGAGGGGCGCUGCAACGAGGGCAUCCAGAUCGCGCUCGCCCAGUGGUGCUCGCUGCCGCCCGUCUCGCUCUCGUCGCACACGCACCUGCUGCAGAUGUUUCAGCAGUUCCAGGAGCUGCAGGAGUCGGCGCAGAUGCUGCUCGAGCUCAACACCGCGCAGCGCAACAACCAGGUGCCGGACCUAAACUCGAUCCUCGUGACGUGGCGCGAGCGGCUGCCCAACGUCUGGGAGGAGCUGCCUGCGUGGAACGACCUCGUUUCGUGGCGCAACCACAUGUUUUCGCACAUCAACAAUGUGCUCGGCCGCCUCGCCGGCAGCGAGAACCCCGCCCUCGCCACGAAGGGCUACCGCGAGCUCCUGUGGACGGUCGUCCGGUUCGCGCACGUCGCGCGGCGGCAGAACCUGCCCCAGGCUUGCGUCUCGAUCAUCGCAAAGGUGCAGACCGUCACGGCGGGCGUGGCGGGCGAGCAGCUGCACGACGCCUUCUCAAAGCUGCGCGAGCAGGCGCGCUCUUGCUUGCAGAUGCCGCAGUACCUGAAGCAGGGCUUGCAGGCGCUGCUGCAGGCCGACGUGCAGUUCAUGGCGACGCCGCAGCGCGCUGAGCUCUUCGCGACCAAGGGGGAGCUCCUCCUCGCCCUCGCCGACGCGAGCGGCGGCCUCUCCGCCGGCGACGAGGAGGCCGUCUCGCAGGCCUUCGCGACGGCCGUCUCGCUGCACGCUGAGAUGCCGCGCGGCUGGCUGCUCUGGGCGCUCUUUUACGACCGCGCGUACCGCACGCUCCUCGCGGGCAACGGCGGCUCCGCCAUGCAGGUGGACGCCGCCGCGCCGCCGCCGACCUCUGGCGGCGCCGCCUCGCCCGGCGGCACCGCCCCGGCGAUGGCCGAGCGGGCCCUCACGUGCUACCUGCUGUCGCUGCAGCUGUCUGCGACCAAGGGCGCCAACGUGAUGCCGCGCGUGCUGUCGCUGCUGGACGCGCUGCCGGGCGAGACUGCCGCGCGCGUGCUGGGCGAGCACGCCGACGCGGUGCCGCUCUGGCAGUGGCUGCCGUGGCUGCCGCAGCUGCUGCGCGGACUGCGCAAGGGGUACGGCGCGCAGGCGCAGCACGUGCUGCUCCGGCUGGCGCGCUCGUACCCGCAGCCGCUGUACUACCCGCUGAGGGCGUACAGCCAGUCGCACCUCGGCACCUCGGCCGUCGGCGACGCCUCCCCCCCCGCGCUGUGGAAGCCCCCCGCCCAGGAGCGGGCGGAGAAGGAGGCGGAGGCGCGCGCGGACGAGCAGCGCGCCGCCGCGGCGUCGGCGUCGGCGCCCGCGGCGGCAGAGGGCGGCGGCGCACCCGCCACCUCCGCCACGCCGCCGCCGCUCACCUCCGCGCCCAGCAUCACGAGCGCCGUCACCAAGCAGGAGAGCAUGCACCCCGCCACGCCCACCGCCGCGCCCGCCGCGCCCGCCGGCGGCGCGCUGCCCGCCGCGCCGCCGUCCGCCCCGACGGCGGUCAAGACAGACCCCUCCUCUGCGCCCGCUGCCUGCGCCGUGGCGGCCACCGCCGCCGUCGCGCCGUCGCCCGCCGGUGCGCCCGCGGCGGCCGGCGCGGCGGCGGCGGCCCGCCCCCCCUCUGCGGGCCUCCCCGCCGCCGCUCCAGGCUCCGACCCUCUGCUGCGCGUGCUCACGCCCCCGGCCGUGGGCGCCGAGCCGGCGCCGCAGCCCAGCUACGAGGGGAAGGGCGUGGCUGCGCGGGUCGACGCGGCGCUGCGGCGCGAGCACCCGCAGCUCGCCUCUCAGCUCGACGCCCUCUGCACCGCCCUCGAGACGUCGCUGCUGCCGACCGUCGCCGAGCGGCUGCUUGCCGCGGUGCACGAGGUGGUCCUGCUCGGCCUGUCGGUGACGCCCUCGCCGCCCGACGCGCCGCCCGCCGCCGUGACGGACGCCCUCAACAAGAUCGGCACCGCCUUUGGGCUCUCGUCCGGCAAGCUCGCCAGGGCGGACAACCCGGAGACGCGCGCGCUCGCCGUCGGCUGGGGCGCGGCUCUGCUGCGCGAGUGCAUCGCCUCGCCACCGCCCACCCUCUCGGAGCUCCUCGCCCGGCUGGAGGCUGUGCGGGCGGGCCUGGCGACCGAGCUGGCGGCGGCGCCGCGCGUCGCCAGAGUCGACGGCGGCGCGUGGCGCAUGCUCCUCUCGCAGCAGCCGCUGGUCGAGGUGCCCGGCCAGUACGAGGCUGGCCUCGAGCCGGCCAUGGAGCAGCUCGCCGUCAUCGACCGGAUCGCGCCCGGGGUGACGGUUGUGCGCGACGCGGCGAGCGGCGCGACGCAGCGCCGCUUCGUCCUCCUCUCUGACUCACUCACGCGCCACACCUUUUACCUGAACGGCCCGUCCCCCCUGCGGCCGCACGCGUCGCUCUCUGUGGAGCGGCUCAGCCAGCUGCUGCGGCUGCUGACGCGCCGGCUGCUUCGGUACCGCGAGACGCGGCGGCGCGCCGUCACGCUCGCGCUGCCGCUCUCGAUGCGGAUCAACGACCGCGGCGUCAUGCUCUGCGAGUGCGACCCCUCCGAGACCUCCCUCGCGUCGGUGCUGCACGCGGCGCGCUCCGCCGCCGGCCUGCCGCCGCUCGGUCCCGCGCUCACGCACCAGCGCACACUCUCGCGGGGCGUCGCGCCGCCGGACGAGGAGGCGCGGCGCGAGCGGCUGCGGCAGGCGUACGACGACGCGUGCCGCGGCGUCCCCGACGACGCGCUGCUGCGUUGCGUCCGCGAGUCGCUGCCGUCGCUCGUGCAGCAGUGGGAGCUGCGCCGCGCGCUCACGGCGCAGCUCGGGCUGCACGCGCUGCUGUCGUACACGCUGCAGCUCAAGGCGCUGCAGCCGGGCUCGGUCGUCUUCUCGCGCGCGACCGGCGCCGUCCACCUCGCCUGCGCCGCCGACCUCACCGCCGCCGGCGCGGCGGCAGAGAAGCCGCUGCCCUUCCGGCUGACGCGCAACCUGCAGCGGCUCGCGACGCCGUUCGGCGUGGACGGCGCUUUCUCCGCCACCUUCUCCGCCGCCGCCGAGUGCUUCGCCUCGCCGCGCAAGUGCCCGCUCGAGCUCUGGCUCGCCACGCUCGCCCAGCCCGAGGAGGACGGCGCCACGGGCGCGCCGCUCCCCUUCUCGCCGCCGUGGGGCGCCGCGCCGGCCGAGGCGGCCUCGCGGAUGCACGCGCUGUCGCCGGCCGAGCUCGUCAAAAAGAUGGGCAAGCAGGCCGACGUGCACGCCAACCUGCGCGCGCUCGUCGCCGAGGCAACCUCGGAGGAGGCGCUCACGCGCCAGCCGCCCGCGUGGCAGGCGUGGCUGUGA